GCUCGAGUAGAUUCACUGAGCUGAGCUGAGCUGAGUGGCGUCAAUUUUGAAUCUGUAUUGUAUUCCCCGUGGAGUAAAGUACUGUGACAUGACCACUUUCUCCUACUGUUAAAAGAACAUGCAGCAGUGGGUCUCUUCAUCGUUUGGUGAUUUUGAGGAGCAGAGCACUGGUUCAAAAGCCAAGGGUCAUAGUUCAGGCAAGCAUGGUCCCUCCAGUAAAGGCCAGGACAGGAGAAAGAGACCGAGGGUAGCUGACAAGGGAGGAGGGAAGACACAGAGCUGGUCUCAGAAGAAGAAGCUGUUAGAAGGACAGACAUGGGCUGAAAGACAUGCACCUCAAUCAGUAGCUGAUCUAGCUGUUCACAAGAAGAAGAUCCAAGAGGUCCAAGAAUGGUUGACCUUUCACACCAAGCAAAGAGGACAGCAGCCCAAGCCACACACCAAAGCCCCAUUGCUGCUGCUAACAGGACCUGCAGGAGCAGGUAAGACAGCCACCCUGACUGUCCUGGCUAAGGAACUAGGUCUAGAGGUACAGGAAUGGUCCAACCCAAUCACAGAAGCUUUCAAGAUGGACCAAGACACAGACUAUCGAUCUGAUUUCUAUGUGAAAAACGAGUCUCAGGUUAAACAGUUCCAGGACUUUCUGAAGCGAGCCAACAGGUACCCAGCUCUGAGUCUAGUCGGAGCGCAGGAGGAGAGAACUAACAAAGUUGUGCUGGUUGAAGAAAUGCCUAAUGCAUUCUACCGUGAUCCGUCCAGCCUUCAUGCCGUCCUUACACGAUUCAGCCACACUGGUCGUAGUCCUCUUGUCUUCAUUGUGAGUGAUAGUCAUGGUGGAAAGUCUAAUGUCCUUUCUCUCUUCCCAUCUGAUGUUCAAGACAACCUGGCUGUCCACAAUAUUAGUUUCAAUCCAGUCGCACCGACCAGCAUGACCAAGACAAUGAUGAAAAUAGCUACAGCAGAAGCAGCAAAGGCAAGACAUAAGUUUUAUGUUCCCUCCAAAUCUACCAUAGAAGCCUUAGCAGCAUCAAGCUCUGGUGACAUCAGAGGUGCUAUAAACGCCCUCCAGUUUGCAUGUCUAAAAGGUACUGACAGUCUCCAAAGGUCAUCACAAAAGUCUUCGUCAUUGCCAUCAUCAUGGUCAUCGACCCCUUCCUCAUCAUCCUCCUCAUCAUCGAUAGGUAGCAGUCAGUGGAAAGAUCGAAGGAAGCAGGCCAGGGGAAGCAAGGAUGACAAAGAAGACAAGAGAUUGGCGGCCAUCGGAGGUAGAGAUACCUCACUCUUCCUUUUCAGAGCGCUGGGAAAGGUUCUCUAUUGUAAACGAGAGCCCAAGACAGCCAGUGACCCAGUACUGCCCCCUCAUCUUCACCAUCAUGAUAGAGAUAGGCUCAUCAUAAACCCAGAGGAGCUUAUUGAAAGAACACACAUGAGCAGUGAGAACUUCACCUUGUACCUUCAUCAGAACUACUUAGACUUCUACACUGACCUGGAAGAUGUUGUAGAGGGCAGCAGAUAUCUUAGCGACACUGAUUUUCUCACGUGUGAAUGGGCACAUCGAACGACGAUGCGGCAGUACAGCUCUUCUGUAGCAGUGCGUAGUCUGGUUCACCACAACUCAAGUAGGAGCAGAUGCAGCCAAGAUGGAGGAACAGGAGGGGGUCGAGGAGGAGGAUGGAAACCUCUUCAUAAACCUGAAUGGUUCGAAGUCUCAAGAAAGUAUCGAGAGAGCUGUGCCGCUGCCAAGGGACUGUUUGUUGGUCACUGCUGGACGCCUUUAGAUCUUCAGACUCAGCUCUUGCCUUACCUAGCAUUAAUCAAUGUCCCUCUCAAAAACCCAGGACAAUUCUCCUUUCUCCAAGAUGUAACAAGGUUCUCAAAUCGGAAGCAAAUGAGAAAAUGGCCAAAGAAGCUUGAUGAAAAGGACAUCGACGAUGCAAGCCUGGAGGAAGAUUUCCCUAGCUCACAGAGUUCAGUGACCUCGUCACAGAACAGCCGAACAAAGCUGACUUUGAACAGUCAUAACACAGAUGCCUUGAACGAUGCAGCCUUCGCUGAGGAUGAAGAAGAUGAUGAAGAGAUAGUCAUUGAAGACUAUGAUGAUGAUUAGAUUUGAUGUAGUCACUCCUAGGUCCUAGACAAAACAGUCGACCCUAACUGACGUUGAACAGUCAUAACACAGAUGCCUUGAACAAUGCAGCCUUUACUGAGGAUGAAGAAGAUGAUGAAGAAAUAGUCAUUGAAGACUAUGAUGAUGAUUAGAUUUGAUGUAGUCACUCCUAGGUCCUAGACAAAACAAUCGACCCUAACUGACGUUGA